AUGGCACGCUUAUUAUUUGAUAAGAUUGAGAACAAGGAUGUUGUUUCUUGGAGCAGUAUGAUUAGGAGCUAUGAUAGAAGUGGAUUGCUUCAUGAAGCAUUGGACCUUUUGAGAGAUACGCAUGUUAUGAGAGUCAAGCCUAGUGAAAUUGGAAUUAUAAGCAUCACACAUGUAUUGGCAGAACUUGCUUAUUUGAAAUUGGGGAAAGCCAUGCUUGCUUAUGUAAUGAGAAAUGGGAAGUGUGGAAAAUCAGGAGUUCCUCUAUGUACUGCUUUGAUUAAUAUGUAUGUUAAAUGUGAAAAUUUAGCUUAUGUGAGAAGGGUUUUUGAUGGCUUGUCUAAGGCUAGUAUCAUUUCUUGGAGUGCUAUGAUUGCAGCCUAUAUUCAUUGCAAUAAUUUGAAUAAAGGUGACAAGGUGUUUGCUAAAUCAGAUGGACAUUCUAAUAACCAUAAAUCUAAUGGUAAGAAGCACAACUCCACCAACAUGCCUAGUGAUUUGACAAGUGCAAGGGAUCAUGGACUAGACAAGAAAAAACAAGAAGUUGUUGCUGCUGCAGGGAAUGGUUCUGAUGAUUUCUAUGAUGGACUUGGGUGUUGUCAUGUUCAGGCAUUUGUCAGGGAUAAAACCGUUUUAGCUCCAGAACCUCUAGCUGAUUAUCCUACCCCAUAUGAAAUUCCUCCUGUUGAUUCAGCUAAACAACCUUCACUAGAUAAUAGCCCUUCUGAUGGCUCAGCUGAAUACAUUGAGUUAUAUUCAACGCUAUUAGAAUAUUUCGAUCUAACUCGUUAUGGAGCAGUGGCUGAUGGGAGGACAAAUUCUAGCUCUAUAAGCUCUUGA